AUGUCCGCCACCAUGCGAUCAGCCCGACUGGUGCGCCAAACCAGUGCUUUAAGGCCAGCUUUGACCGUUCGCUCUCGCGCCAGCGCGCUCGGUCCGGCUUCCCUGGCUGCGGCGAACGGUCUGUUGUUCAAUGGCAGAGGGAUUCCAGCACAAGUCUCUGCUCUGGCAAUUCUCUUGCCGCACCGUGGAUACGCUACCGAGCACAAUACAUCAUCGUCCUCAUCCCAGUCAUAUCCGCCACCGGGAUUCAAUGCGGAGCAAGCGAAGAAGCCGCUCCCCCAACAACAGUCCUCGGUUGCGCAACCCACCGCCGAGCCCAAGCCAGACGCCGUCAAGGCUUCCUCGUCCGAGGUGUCAAGCAAAGCCGUUGCUGCGGAGAGCUCGAAGAACGUUUCAGAGGAGAAGAAGGAGCCCAAGAAGUUGACCAUUGGUCAGAAGGUCAAGAAGGAGAUUCAACAUUACUGGGAUGGUACCAAGUUGCUCGCCACCGAGGUGAAGAUUAGCUCUCGAUUGGCACUGAAGAUGGCAGCGGGCUACGAGCUGAGCCGCCGCGAACACCGUCAGCUCCAACGUACGGUCAAAGAUCUUGGACGUCUGGUUCCUUUCUCGAUGUUUGUUAUUGUGCCUUUCGCCGAACUUUUGCUGCCCAUCGCUCUCAAAAUCUUCCCCAACAUGCUUCCGAGCACUUACGAGGGCCAAAAGGGCCGGGAGAGCAAGGCUUUGAAAUUGAGCUCGACCCGCUCAGAGGUGUCUGCCUUCCUCCGCAACACACUUCGGGAGAGUGGUCUUCCCUUGACGGCCGCGACAGUCAAGAACGAGGAAUUUGCCGACUUCUUCCGCAAGAUCCGCACCACCGGCGAGUCGCCAUCUACAGAAGAUGUGAUCAAGGUCUGCAAGAUCUUCAAGGAUGAUCUGACUCUGGAUAACUUGUCACGCCCUCAACUUGUGGCCAUCUGCCGCUACAUGAACCUGAACACCUUCGGGACUGACGCCAUGCUGCGCUACAAUAUUCGCCACCGCAUGCGACAGAUCAAGCGCGAUGAUCGGGCCAUCUCCUACGAGGGCGUCAACAGCCUGUCUGUCCCUGAAUUGCAAAUGGCGUGCGCGAGCCGUGGUAUUCGUACUCACGGCGUGUCUCCGGCCCGCCUGCGUGAAGAUUUGACCAUGUGGCUGGACCUUCGUCUCAAGCAGGGCGUUCCUUCGACCCUGCUGGUUCUGAGCAACGCGUAUAUGUACACCCAAGGUGGCAAGGAGUCCGAGAUGGCCUCUCAGAUUGAUGCCCUCAAGUCUGUGCUCUCCAGUAUCCCCGAAGAGCUCUUCCACGAGAUUGAGCUCGAGGUGCACAACGCCGAGGGUGCCGCGACCAACAAGCAGCGCCUGGAGGUGAUCAAGGAGCAGGAAGAGCUGAUCGAGGAGGAAAACGAGCAGAACAGUGAGAAUGAGGGCAAGGGCGUUUCACCCCCCAAGGAUAUUGACGAUAUCGACGAGAAGGAGGAGCAGAACCGCAUGGAGGCCGCUGCUGAGACUAUCGACAAGCAAUCUUCCGAGGCCAAGGAGGCUCUCUCCGAGGGUGCCAAGGUCGCAGACCCACCCGUUUACCGGGAAGACAGAAAGGCGAACCAGUGA